AUGGCUGGAGCGCAGCCCGGAGUUCACGCGCUACAGCUGAAACCCGUGUCUGUACCAGAGAGUCUUAAAAAUGGAAGCAAGUUUAUGAAGUGGGAUGAUGAUUCCACAGCUGUGACCCCUGUGACCUUACGAGUAGAUCCUCAGGGCUACUUCCUGUACUGGACCGAUCAGAAUAAGGAAACAGAUCUUCUGGACAUUUCCUAUAUAAAAGAUGCCAGGUAUGGCAAAUACAGCAAAACACCCAAGGAUGCCAGGGUCCGAGAGCAGCUGGAUGUGGGGAACAUGACUGUGAAAUUGGAAAACCGUAUGCUAACGGUAGUGAGUGGUCCAGAUAUGGUCAAUAUCACCUCCCUUAAUUUCAUGGCAUUCCAGGAGGAUGUUGCCAAGGAAUGGGCUGAGGAGCUAUUCAGUCUGGCAUCCAACUUACUGGCCCAAAACAUGUCCAGAGAGUCCUGUCUGGAGAAAGUGUACACCCGACUCAUGCUUCAGCUCACCCCAGAGGGCAAUAUACCUGUAAAGAAUAUUUUCAGAGUGUUCUUAGCAGACAGAAAGCGGGUAGAGAAUGCUCUGGAAAUUUGCAACCUACCAUCGGGAAGAAAUGAUUCAAUUCCUCAAGAAGACUUCAGUCCAGAAAUAUACAGAGUCUUCCUCAAUAACAUCUGUCCACGGAAGGAUAUCGACACCAUCUUCUCUGAAAUCGGUGCAAAGAGUAGACCUUACCUAACUGUGGAGCAGAUGACAGACUUCAUCAACAACAAGCAGCGGGACCCUCGACUCAAUGAAAUUCUCUACCCGCCCCUAAAGGCGGAGCAAGUGCAGGCAUUGGUGGAGAAGUAUGAGCCUGACACAAUGCUGUCCCAGCGAGGUCAGAUCUCUGUUGAAGGUUUUGCUCGCUAUCUGAGUGGAGAGGAGAACAGCAUCAUCCCUCCAGAGAAACUGGACCAGAGUGAGGACAUGACACUGCCUCUCUCCCACUACUUCAUCAACUCUUCACACAAUACCUACCUCACAGCUGGACAGUUGGCUGGGAACUCUUCAGUGGAGAUGUAUCGGCAAGUCCUUCUCUCUGGUUGUCGCUGUGUGGAGCUGGACUGUUGGAAAGGUCGGACCACAGAAGAGGAGCCAGUCAUCACACAUGGGUUUACUAUGACAUCAGAGAUCUCCUUUAAGGAAGUGAUUGAGGCCAUUGCUGAGAGCGCCUUCAAGACCUCUCCGUUUCCUGUCAUCCUGUCGUUUGAGAACCAUGUCGAUUCUCCAAAACAGCAGGCCAAGAUGGCAGAAUACUGUAGAUCGAUAUUUGGAGAAGCACUCUUGACUGAGCCACUGGAGAAAUACCCUCUGGAGCCGGGUGUCCCUCUGCCCAGCCCUAUGGACUUAAUGGGCAAGAUUCUCAUCAAAAACAAAAAGAAUUCCCACAAGGCUGAAGGCAGCACCAAGAAGAAGCUCUCUGAACAGACCUCCAACACCUACAGUGACACGUCCAGCGUGUGUGAGCCUUCCUCCCCCAGCACAGGCUCAACCAAUCAAGAGAUCACAGAGGCUGCUCAGCAGGGUUCAGACAACAAUGAUGCCAGAUCACAAGGAAGAAAGUCUAUUGGUGAGGUUGAGGUGGAGAGUGAGGAAGAAGAGGAUGAGGAUGAUGACAGUAAGAAGUGUAUAGAUGAGGGGACAGCAGGAAGUGAGGCAUUUGCCACAGAGGAGAUGUCUAACUUAGUCAACUACAUCCAGCCUGUGAAAUUCAACUCCUUUGAAGCAUCAAAAAAAUCUAAUAGAAGUUAUCAGAUGUCAUCUUACGUGGAGACCAAAGCCUUGGAACUACUGACAAAGUCACCUGUCGAAUUUGUGGAGUAUAAUAAACUCCAGCUCAGCAGAAUCUACCCCAAAGGAACCCGUAUGGAUUCCUCCAAUUACAUGCCCCAGGUCUUCUGGAAUGCUGGCUGCCAGCUUGUGGCAUUGAACUUCCAGACGAUAGAUCUCCCUAUGCAGCUGAAUCUGGGCAUGUAUGAGUAUAAUGGCAAAUGUGGCUACAGACUGAAACCCGAGUUUAUGAGGCGGCCUGAUAAGAACUUUGACCCGUUCACAGAGAGCACUGUGGACGGCAUCGUAGCUCACACGCUGUCAGUUAAGAUCAUAUCAGGGCAAUUUCUGUCAGAUAAGAAAGUUGGCACAUAUGUGGAGGUAGAAAUGUUUGGGCUACCCGUGGAUACAAAGAGAAAAGCGUUCAAAACCAAGACCUCCAAUGGCAAUGCUGUUAACCCUGUCUGGGAUGAGGAACCUAUUGUUUUUAAGAAGGUGGUACUACCCACGCUGGCUUCACUGAGAAUAGCGGUUUUUGAGGACAGUGGGAAGUUCAUCGGUCACCGCAUUAUUCCAGUGUCUGCUAUCCGACCUGGUUAUCACUACCUUGGUUUACGGAACGAGAAGAAUCAAUCACUGAUUCUACCUGCUAUUUUUGUCUACAUUGAAGUCAAAGAUUACGUCCCAGAUACAUUUGCAGAUGUGAUCGAGGCUUUGUCCAAUCCCAUCCGUUACAUUAGCCUGAUGGAGCAGAGAGCCAAUCAGCUGGCAGCUCUUACACAAGAAGAAGGAGGACAGGAGGUGGACAGCAAAGAGGUGGAGGCAGGUGGAGACACUCCCUCAGAUAAGAAUGAGGCCAAAUCUAUUCCCGCUGAGAACGGAAUGAGUCAUUCCACCUACAUCGCUGCCAAACCUCCGUCACUGGUCAACCAGCAGACCCAGGCCUCAGUACCAGUAAAGCCAUCAGUGAAAUCUGAGGACGUGAUUCAGAGUGUUUUAACAGAGGUUGAAGCUCAAACUGUGGAAGAGUUGAAGCAGCAGAAAGCAUUUGUGCGUGAGCAGAGGAAACAAUACAAAGAACUGAAGGAACUGGUGAAAAGACAUCAUAAGAAGACCACAGAGCUGAUCAAAGAGCAUACAGUCAGGCAGAACGAGUUGCACACUGAGCACAUGAGAAAAAGAGCUGCCCUGCAGAAGUCUGCCAAACGAGAUGGUAAGAAAAGGUCAGGUUCAGAGCACAGUCUCUCUGUGUUGGAUCAGGAACUGGCUGUUUUAGACCAGGAGAAUCAUCAGAGACUCACAGAACUAAAGGAACAACAGCAACACCAGCUUCUCACACUCCGGCAAGAGCAGUACUACAGUGAGAAAUACCAGAAACGAGAGCACAUCAAACAGCUCGUGGAGAAGCUCACUGCAGUGGCUGAGGAGUGUCAGAGUAACCAGCUGAAGAAGCUCAAAGAGUUAUGUGAAAAGGAAAAGAAAGACUUAAAGAAAAGGAUGGACAAGAAGAGGCAGGAGAAGAUCAAUGAGGCAAAAUCAAAAGAAAAAAAUUUAACAGAGGAAGAGAAGCUGGAGAUCAACAGAUCAUUUGUGAAUGAAGUUGUGCAGUAUAUCAAACGGCUGGAAGAUGCUCAAAGUAAAAGACAUGAGAGGCUACUGGAAAAACAUAAGGACAUUCGGCAGCAAAUCCUGGACGAAAAGCCAAAGCUGCAAAGCGAGCUGGACCAGGAAUACCAGGACAAGUUCCGGAGGCUUCCAGUGGAGAUCCAGGAGUUUGUACAGGACACUGCCAAGGGCAAGCUUACCAACAACAGUGAACAGGGAAUUUUGCCCAUCUCCACAACAAUCGAAAGGCUUAAUCACAGAGCCGCUCAUUCAGAAGAGGACAAGGAGGAAGGGUCCUCAGAGGGAGCUUAUGACACGCCUCUUUAA